CGUGAGGCGUGCGCGGUGCGCGCGCGUGGCGGCCGCGGCGGGAUGUUCGUGGCGCGCAGCAUCGCCGCGGAUCACCGCGACCUCAUCCACGAUGUGUCCUUCGACUUCCACGGGCGCCGCAUGGCCACCUGCUCCAGCGACCAGAGCGUCAAGGUCUGGGACAAAAGUGAAAAUGGAGAUUGGCAUUGCACUGCCAGCUGGAAGACACAUAGUGGAUCAGUGUGGCGUGUGACAUGGGCCCAUCCUGAAUUUGGGCAGGUCCUGGCUUCCUGCUCCUUUGAUAGAACAGCAGCUGUAUGGGAAGAAAUAGUGGGAGAGUCAAAUGAUAAACUCCGAGGCCAGAGUCACUGGGUCAAGAGGACCACUCUAGUAGACAGUAGAACAUCUGUUACAGAUGUGAAGUUUGCUCCCAAGCACAUGGGUCUUAUGUUAGCAACCUGUUCAGCAGAUGGAGUUGUAAGGAUCUAUGAAGCUCCAGAUGUGAUGAAUCUCAGCCAGUGGUCACUGCAGCAUGAAAUCUCGUGUAAGCUCAGCUGCAGUUGUAUUUCUUGGAAUCCUUCAAGCUCUCGAGCACAUUCUCCAAUGAUCGCUGUAGGAAGUGAUGACAACAGUCCAAAUAUACUGGCUAAGGUUCAAAUUUAUGAAUAUAAUGAAAAUACCAGGAAGUAUGCAAAAGCAGAAGCUCUGAUGACAGUCACAGAUCCUGUACAUGAUAUUGCAUUUGCUCCAAAUCUGGGAAGAUCCUUCCACAUCUUGGCUGUAGCAACCAAAGACGUACGAAUUUUCACACUAAAACCUCUAAGGAAAGAAUUGACUUCAUCAGGAGGAUUAACAAAAUUUGAAAUUCAUAUUGUGGCACAGUUUGAUAAUCACAACUCCCAGGUGUGGCGAGUGAGCUGGAAUAUUACAGGCACAGUGCUUGCCUCCUCUGGUGAUGAUGGCUGUGUUAGGCUCUGGAAGGCUAAUUACAUGGACAACUGGAAGUGUACUGGUAUACUGAAAGGUAAUGGGAGUCCAGUGAAUGGUAGUUCUCAGCAGGGAAUUUUUAAUGCCUCUCUAGGUUCAGCCAAUACAAGUCUGCAGAAUUCACUAAAUGGAUCAUCUGCCAGCAGGUAUUUCUUUCCCCCUCUGGAUUCCCCACGGGCUGGAUCGAGAUGGUCCAGUCAUGCCCAGCUCCUUCCUCCUCCUCCUCUGAUAGAGCAGUCUUGUGAUGCUGACACUGCCAACCUCCAGUAUCCUCACCCUCGCAGACGAUGUGUGUCUCGGCCUCUUAAUCUUUUACCUGAGAAUGAAGGGGUUGUUCCUGAUGAAGGAGUUUUUCUGAAUCAGGUGUCCACUCUCCUAGCUCUGCUCUGUGCCAUUCUUGAUGUGCAGCUGCAUAUUCCCAGUCUGUGCCACAAGGUGUGCUCUCACUUCUCCCAUGGCUGUGCUGGAGGUAGGACGGGUGACAGCAGACUCGGGCGGGAUGUUCAGCGGCCCUUCCCCUGGAAGACCCGGAGCUACUCCCUGGUACGGGAACUCCAGCCCGGCUGGCCUGAAAGCAAAUACCUGAGACAAAAUACACCGAUGACAUCCUCCCCUUCCCCACACUGCCCGCAGCCUCGCCGCCUAUUCCCGCUACCGUUCCCGCUUCCACUCCCGCUCCCUCAGGCCACACCCGGCCCCGUUCCUGCUAACGGCCGGGGGGGCGGGGCUGGGCGGUGCCGCGCGCGCAUCGCCCAAUCAGCGCUGCCGCCUGCCCCGCCCAGACUGUCUCGCUCCCCGUCCGCUACCGCGCGCCGUGCCCGCCCGUGGCCGGCUCCGCUUGGGGCGCUGCCAUUGGCUGCGCGGGAGGGAGCGCCAAAGUUUCGGCGGCGCGCGCGGCGCCGCUGCGCAUGCGCUGCCGGCCGCGCGGGUGUGGGGCGGGCCGAUCGCGCGGCCGUUUCCGUUGCGCGCCGGGGGAGCGAGCGGUGCCCGCCCGGCCGGUGGGGAGCGCUGCGGCGGCGGCGGCGCGGGGCGGAUCCCAUCCCAUCCCGAGUUUUGGUGGUCGGUCCGUCUGUCCGCCAGCUCCUGUUUCUGGUGCACCUGGAACCCUCGGGAAGGGCAGAGCUCUUCUCUCCCUCCUCUUUGGAUAAAAAGGCGCUCGCCGGCUUCCGAACUGCGCGGCGGAGCGUGGCCGGUUUCCCGGGCAGUGAUGUGAGGGUGAAGUGUUCGGGUCCUGCCUGCAGAUGCUGCCCGGGCGGGGCUGAUGGUGGUGCCGGGCCGAGUGCUGUUCCAGGCGGGAUGAUGGAAGACUUCAGGGGUAUCGCCGACGAGACCUUCCCGAGCUACUUGGGCCAGUCCUUGAACAGCAGCGCGAGUGUGCUCUUUGAGAAUGUCACCGUCUCCUCCAACCCGGGGUUACCUGUGGCGGCCUCCACUGUCGCCAGGAGCCAAGAGGGCAGUGACAACAGGCUUCCUGAUGACUGUGCAUCCUAUUUAGAAGGGAAACAUUCACCUCUAUCCAGAUCUUCUCACAGUAGUCAGUCACAUCCUGAGCCAAUGGAAAGAGUUGCCCUCUGCUUUCAUGAUGACAUGGAAAUUGCUACCCAAAUUGAAGACCCUCAGCCAUCCUGUGUUAAUUUGAAAGAAUCCCACUCAAUAUAUGGAGAGCAACCUCAGAAUGUCGUUGAACAUUCAAAUCACAGUCAAAGUACCUUACGUGAAGUUUUGCCUGUUGAACAAUUGAAAGAUUUGCCAACUGGAAUAUGUUUUCUCCCAGAUGUUAAAAACAGCAAGGUUGGUCCAUCUGAACCUUCUGAAAAGCUGAUGGAAGGUGUUAUCUCAGGUGUUCACCUUAGCAAUAGCCUUUCAAGUUUUUUGGAGAAUGAGAAACUCUCAUCUCUUCUAAGCACAGAUGAAGAUUCCACUGGUGAAGAUAUUGAUGAUGAAGAAUUUGAUAACAAACUAGAAGCAUAUUUUGAGCAGCUGAUACAACCAGAAAUAAGAAGAGACACCAACCUGCAAAACCUCUCAGAACACUGUGCAGCACUGAAGCUGUCUGAAAAUGUCUUACUAAAAGAGAGCUUUAAGGAUUCUGCCGGUUAUGGGGCUGUGACUGAAAUAGAUUCUGGAAGUGCUAGUGAUGAAGAUUCACAAAAUGAAGGGAUAACUGGACGUCCUGUGCAAAAACAAACGCUGCCCAGAGCAGUGCAGGAAAUGAAUUUGGUGACUGCUGAGGAUGUGCUGGAUUCCCGCACAGCUGCUGAGCUGCGAUUAGAUUCCCUGUACCUCCAGUGCAUGGACAGCCAUAAAGCUGAUGUCUCAGAUGUCCUUCCAAAGCAAGAACUGGAGUCCUCUGUCUGUCAGGCUACUUAUUCUGAUGCAGAAGUGCUACACACAGCAAGAGGAUUUUUGGGAUGUGACACCACUCCUGAGCUUCCUAGUGCAAAUGCGCCUCAGGCAGAUGCAACUCAAUGUAAAGCUGGUCUUCCUGAUACUUACCUGUCUCCAGCUGGGGACAGCUAUGAGAACUUAAGUUUAGCUACAACAGACAAAGGUGAUUUGCCACACAGCAUUGUCUAUCAAAAUGAGGAGGGCAAAUGGGUGACUGAUCUUGCAUAUUAUACUGCAUUUGAUGAAGAACAAGAUUUAAAUAUGUCUGAGGAUGAUAAAGGAAAUGAGGAAUUCGUUACUGGCUCUGAAGCAGCAGCUAUGAUUGCACAAGACCAGGAAGAAUUCGAGAAAGCACACAGGCUCAUGCAGGCAGGAAAGGUAGGCAGUCUAAAUGCAUCUGAAUUAGCAAAUACUUCAUGGAGAUCUGCUAAUAGCUUCAUUCUGCCAAGAACAUCUGAUCUUCAUAAAGAUGCCAGCUAUUUACGUUUGUCUUUGGGGGAGUUCUUUGGUCAGAGAUCUGAAGCUCUUGGAUGUCUUGGUGGAGGCAGUGAUGUGAAACGGCCAUCUUUUGGUUACUAUAUUACAUCCCCGAAGAAGAGGCAGCCUGUUCCUUUGCUCAUGAGAUCUGAUUCAUCAGGAGGUGACAUCGGCCGAGAGAUUUCACAGUUGUCUGAGGUGUUUUCAGAUGACUUAGAAGCACAAACAAAAAAACAUGCAAAUUUUACCAGCUCUGAAGGUUCAGGGCAUAGGGUGGAUACUGCUGCUGGAAUGUGUGAAAAUAUUAAUACAGAAGCUGCUACCAAAAGUAAAGUAAAGGAUGGAAUUCAUAAAGGCAAGUUUGAGGAUAGCUUGUCUAAUAAUUCUGACUCUGUCUUGAGUAUCAGCACAAUUGCAAAUGCUAUUGCUAAUGCUUCCUCCAGUGCUGAACCUUCCCAGCUAGCUGCUAUGAUGAUGGCACUCUCCAAUAAAAGUAAAAGAACACGUGUCCUUCCUAGAGCUGUUAAAGAGGCUGAACUCUCUACUAAUGAGGCAUUAUCCAGCAAUGAGGAAAAUAGUACAUUUGAUAUGGAAAAAUACCUCAAAAAAACAGAUGAGAACAGAUGUGAAAGUGAAUACGAGAGUGUCGUGAAACAUGAAGCAUCUGUCCAGAACCUUACAUCUGAUACCUUUAUAGUGGGUAAAGAGAAACAUACGGAUGCUUUUGCAGAAGACUGGAUCAAUAAUCACAGCAAACAGCAAGGAAUAGAGAAGCGAUUGCUUGAUUAUCUCAGUGAAGAAGGUGACAGUCAGAAUUUUUCUAGUCUAUCUGGUGUUCCCAGCCACAGAGAUGUAAAUGCAGAUAAUGUUCGGUGUUCAGAAAAGUUGUCAGAUUUGGUAAAUCGUAAACAUUUACAGUCAAUGGAUGCCGAUAUUGGAUCAGAGACACUUAAUGAAAAUGAAGCCCACACAUGUGGAAUUCUCUCAGCAGCAAAACUGGAAGUGGCACAGCGACAUCUACUUGCUUACCAGAACAGCAAUCUCACUAAUGCAUGUAGUAUAGGGGAAGAUAGAGAAACAGCAGAUAAAGCAGCAAAUGCUGUUCCUGAACCGUGUAAUGAUUUAGUGGAGAGAAGUGCAGGAAAUACUGUGUCCCUCAGCAACUUAAAACCUGCCAAGCAAUUGAGUAAAUGUGUCUCAGUAAGUCCUACAGCAGCCAAGCCUGUGCAGAAAUUGAACAGUGAUGACAGGAGGCAAAAUACAGAGAAGAGAAACAAGGAUGCCAGUACUCCUCAUAGGGGGAAUGCAAAACAUGUAACUUUUGAGAAGCUGUCCCCAACUUUCCAGACUAAUACUGAGCAUAAACCCGUUCUACCUGAAUGUGACUUAAACCUGGAGGGUGAGCAGUGUAGCUUCAGACCUUCAACUUCGCCUCUGAUUCACUCUUCUCCUAGUGAGACUUCUGGAACAGCAUUUUCAGGAUCUGAAGUGGACUUUACUUACCCAUCACGUUGUCAGGAAUCUCCUUGCAGAGAGAAUGUGGUACCUCAGUCUGUUUACUCGAGUCCAAGCAUGAGCAGGUUAACCUAUGUCUCUGCAUCCGGCAGCGCCCGAAAGAACUCAGCAGUGAUGCGUAGUCCAGAGACAUCCUGGGAUGAAGAUGCUGGUGAACUGAGCACAACAAUAAUUCAGGCCAGCCCAGUUCCUCUGGAGGAACGUAGAAAAGAAAAUCUAGAAGACCGCUCAUGUCAAAGAAAUAGAAAAAAAGCAAUACUUAGUACUGACCAGGAACAAGAAGAAAAUGAACUUGCUGGUCUUCAAAGAAAACCUCAUAAUGUACUGGACCAAGAACUGGCCAAAGAAGGUUUUCUGAGGAUGAAUCAGCUUCCAUUUAUUCCUUCAAAUGUACCAGCAAAUCGUGAAGAGCUAGACCGUGUUAAAUCAGCUUUACCAAGUCAACUCUGCACCUUCCCACCACUUUCUGUCAACAUGGAUGCACAAGAACUGUGUCAGGAUCAAACAAACAAAGCACAGAGACAAGGAUUGCCUGUUUAUUCUGGAUUAAACACUUGUUUGCCAUGCAAACAAAACCCAUCUGGUGAACAGCAUGUUCAUAUAUCAACUGUUAAAUCCCAUGUCACUACCUCUGAGAGUCAAGCAAUUCCUUCUUCUGUCCCCACCUUGCUUACAGGGCAUUGUCUUGCAACAGCUCCAUUUGCACAACAGCACCUGGGAGCUAAACAACCUCCAGGAAAUGCAGUUCUGUCUCACUUUCAUGGCUGCAACGCUGCAGGUUUUGGCCUUGCAGCAGGGCUUCCUUGUUCUGGUAUCCCAGGAGGACAUGUUGAGAAUCCACUUAUGUUAGGAAUUCCUUUAGGUUCAAAUGUUGGUCCUGGCUUUUUGGGUGCAGCUUCACUUUAUAAUCCACACAGUACUUCAUGGAAUAAUAAUAUCUUAAAUAUAAAACCAUGUACCGGACAACCUCUUGGAGCUGGGGGAAGGGAGUGGGAGUUGUCGAAGUCACCUGGUAUUGGACACAUAAAAGUGCCAGAAGAACUGAAGUUCCCUACUGCCUGUUGUGUGGGAAUUGCAUCUCAGACGGUUCUUAGUGUUUAUAAUCCAACUGACCGGUGGUUGCAGGUCAACAUUGGGAUACUCAGUGUUUCAGUUAAUGGGGAAAGGAUGGAUCCUAUGAAAUAUCCAUGUUUGGUUUUCAAGAAUAAAACCAUUGUAGGACCCUACUCUACCAACGACCUGAAAAUACUUUUCUUACCUUCCUGCUCGGGGAUCUUCCAGUGUAUCCUCAAUGUUUCAUCUUGGCCAGUUUCUGCAGAUGCUGAGACAAUCGUUCAGUCAGAAGCUUUGGCAAGCAGGGUAGUUCUGACAGCAGUUGCUGAAAAUCCUAAUUUAGAAGUGGAAACAGGAAAAGAAGAUUGCCUGGAUUUUGGUGACUUGCCUUUUGGCAAUUUGAAGGCUCUUCCCCUAAAACUUAUCAACAAAACCCAUGCUUUUAUGCCAAUUAGACUUAUUAUUAACGCAAAUGCAGUAGCCUGGAGGUGCUUCACCUUUUCCAAGGAACCUGUUAAUACUUCUAAUGAACAAAUGGAUGCAGUUUCUCAGACAGCAGCUCCAUCAGUUGUAAACCAUGUGAUACAUGCAAGCUAUGAUGGGCAAGAUCCUGAAGCUUUAACAGUUUGGGUUCUGUUCCAUGCACCUAAGAAACAAAUUUCUUCCUCAGAUUCCUUGGGUCCAGCAGAGGAGUUCCUGGCAAGAGUGGAUGUGGAAGUGGAUAGUCCAGGACCUAGCACUGUGAUUAAAAGUAUUUUUCUCAGAGCAAGAGCUGGAACAGCAAGGAUACGUAUUCCAAAGGACUUAGAGAAAAUACAUCUGUCUGCUAGUGUGGGUUCAACAGUCAAGCAGCAGCUGCCAUUGGUAAAUUCUGGAAACAUUAGUGUACAUUUGAAAGUUCAGAUAUCAGAUCAGGACAGCUGCUUUGCUGUUAAACCCGAGGAUCUUUUCCUUUUUCCUGGAGAAGAACAAGUAGUGACUGUCCAGUUUUUUCCAAAAAGCACAACAACUACAGAAAGCAUCUUGAAAAUCCUUGUGCUGCCAUCUGGGCCUCAGUUUGAAGUGAUGAUUGAAGGUGAGGUAGAAUCUGGGCAAAACAGACCUGUGUCUACACCUGCUAGGUGCUCAGACAUUCCACCCAUCCUCUCCAACAAGCAGUUCAUUGCCUGGGGAGCAGUAUCACUUGGAUCAUCAGUACAGAAGAAGUUAAUUCUAAGAAAUGACUCUCCAUCUGUGCCGCAGCAUUUAAGAUUGUUGAUAAGAGGCCAGGAUCAAGACUCCUUUCAGCUGCAAAGUAUAUUUGGAUCAGAACAACGCUUAACCAGUAGCUGGGAGCUCAGAAUGCGUCCCAAAGAAGAUACGAACAUAUACCUGAUGUUUACACCCACUCGAGUAACUUGCUGCUUUGCAAAGCUGGAAAUCAAACAGCUGGGGAUUCAAUCAAAGCCAGGAAUUAAGUUUACUAUACCAUUAUCUGGAUAUGGAGGAGCAAGCAAUAUAAUUUUAGAAAAUGUUAAAAAAUUGUCAGAUAGCUUCUUGGUUACACUGGAAUGCUCGUUGUCUGCAAGAUCACAGAAAGCUUCCUUCCACGUGAGAAACACAGGUUCCCGGGCUGCCUAUGUUAAGGUGCUGUGCUUGGGAAACCUGCACACAAAAACAAUGAUAGAUCCUCAGGUUAUGAGAGUGUCUCCAGAGCAGUUUGUACUAAGAGAAGGAACACAUGAAGUGGUCACUGUAACAUGGAAUCCAAUGGAAAAGAACUUCUCUCCAAGCAUGGUGGUAUCAACACUAUGUCUCUUUUGGGGAGAUGAAGUUUCUAGGCAGCAGUAUCGCAGAGCUGUGAUGUAUAAAGCUGAGGUGGAAAAACGCAUCAUCCCAGAAAACAACUUAGUGAGAAAUGCUGUAUUUGAUGAAGAAUUUCAAGGGGAGCAGCUUGUGACAGAAGUAUGUGAUGUCCCACGAGAGACAAAUGAUAUCCAUCUUUUCUAUGCAAAUAUGCAAAAGAUUCUCCUUUCUGUGGUCGGAUAUUCCACUUGUGAUCAGGAUGGCUUUCAGCAGUCUACUGGACCCCAGUUGGAAUUGGACAGGUUGGAGAACUUUGUCACACAUACUGCUGCAACUUUGGAUGUUCUUCCUGUUAAAGGACCUCAGGGUACUUCUUUAUCUGCAAAAAAUAAUGAUCUAGCUCAGAAUAAAUCAGAUGCUCAAGAGACUUGGGCUGUUACACCUGAGUAUUUGAUUUUGACAUCUCCUACUCUUGGUGAAACGUCAGAUACUAGACGUGUACAAAUUCUCAACAAUUCCAAUCGAAUGUUGGCAUUUGAACUUUCAUGGCCAGCUCACUGCCUUACUGUAACCCCACAACAUGGAGAUGUUGAACCAGGGGCCAGUACACUAAUUCUGGUGAGUCCUAAUCCAUCACUUGCCACAAGGCCCAUAUUAAUUCCUUGGAGUGGCCUAAUCUAUAUCCAUUGUGAUAAUGGACUAAAGUUUAUUAAAGUGCUUAUUCAAGAGGCUGGCACUCAGAGCGUGUCUGGAUCAGAUUUGCCAUGUAGAAGAUGUGACAACAUUACUCCACAGCCUGAAAAUCCCACUGUUGAUGUGCCAAAGCUUCUCCCCAGGUUCCCUCUAACAGAAAUGCACAUAAGGAACAGAAACAUUGCUUUUCCUAAAACAAGACCUGGUCAAAGCUCAGAGAAUUACCUGGAAAUGCAGAAUAAAGGGAAUGAAAAUCUGAAGUGGAAAAUAUCAUCUUUUGCACCACCCUAUAUUAAAGGCGUGGAUGGAAGUGGCACUGUUUAUAGGGUUCCUUACUCUGCUUUUGGAUUUUCCCAUGUUUCUGGUACCCUUGAGGUUCAUGAACAAGAGAAGGUUGCUGUAAUUUUUUCACCUAGAGAUACAGGAGAUUACUCUCAGUUCUGGGACCUUGAGUAUUACUCAGUUGGAAAUCCAAGCAGGAAAUACAAAUUAAAAUUUCAGCUUUCUGGAAAUAGUACUAAAGCAGAAAAUGAAACACCAGUCGUGAAAUCUUCUCCAAGUGCCCUUAAGAAAACUGAGCUUGCAGUUACACCAGAAAGGAAAGCUUACCCUGAAGGACAACCAAAAAGAGUAAAACAAAAAGAGGUCAUUCAAGGGGUGUAUGCACCAGAAGAUGUCUACGUUUUUCCUCUAACCAGAGUUGGGGAAGCAUGCACGUUAAAGGUGCACUUGCGGAAUAACUCCCGCACAACACACGUGCUGAAAUUUGUAAGUCCCAGGGAGCCUUUCUACAUCAGGCACUUGAAAUACUCUCUAAGAUCCUGUCACUACAUUGCUGUGCCAGUCCAGUUCAAGCCAAAGGUAGAAGGAAUGUUUGAAGAUGUCUUCGUUGUGCUGACAAGCAAAUAUGGCCCAAUUAAAAUUCGGCUUUAUGGUAAAGCUAUUGCAGAAAAAUAGAACAGUUUUUUUACUGUUUGUAAGAAUUUAUAACAGUUAAUAUAAUUUAAAAUAUUAAAAGAUUUGCUACUACAUUUCCAUACUAAUGUCCUACUUGUUUUGCCCUGUGAUGCUGCUUUGAUGAAAAGUCUUCUGUAAGAUAAAUUAUGGUGCUUGUUUCACAAAUCUGUUUUGAUAGUAAAAACAGUGAGAAAUAACAUUGUAUGUUGUAAAGUUACCGUUUUAUAAUUUAUGUUUCUGCACUUUUAAAGGAAAUGGAAGUUUUGUAUUUUUGCAUUUAUUAGAAAUAGCUAGAUACCGAUAUAUUUUAUUUUAAACAUUGUAAAUUCAGAAAUAAAAUCUAUUUGUAAACA